AUGGCGGAAGAAGAGCCUUCUGUCAACAUUCCCUCACUGCUUACACUAGCAGUCGUGUCAUUCUUUGUGAUUCGGUGGUUCCUGAAUCGCGAUGGCGCUGUUCGCGCCAACGGGUCUGGUCGUCCCCAGGGUCGCAUAAUUGACCAAACGCAAGUCGAACAAAUCUCGCAAAUGUUUCCUCAGCUAAAUCGACGGGAUAUCAUGUGGGAUUUGCAGAGGAAUGGAGGUAGUGUUGCGGCGACUACGGAGCGCAUUCUGACCGGAAGGGGUUUGGAUACUCCUCCACCGGCGUAUCAGCCUCAUAUCCCGCAAUCUCCACACCCAGCUUCCGCUACAGUCGCUGUUGUAGCUUCGAAAACUGGAAACCAAGAUCUUAUAUCCCGCUAUAACCUCAGCAACCGCCUUUCAGAAGAAACAGAGGCGAAUUCGAAGACAGAGAGUGGUUGGGCGCAAAACAAGAAUGAGCGUCAACGUUUACUACAGAAGCGCAGAGAUGAUAUGAUCCUGGCUGCACGAAGGAAACUUCAACAGAAAGAGCGCGAGACUUCUCACGCUACGGGUCCUGCAUUGUGA